CCAGCAAGCAUUAUAUUACUUUAAAAAUAUAUCAGUGCAUACGUAGACAAAAAUUGUUCAUUACUAUGUCAAAAAUGGUGUUCCGAAGUAAGGAAAUUUUGAUACUUUUAUCUUUGAUCACUUCUGCCAUUGGAGAAAAUACGGCAGAAGAAAUCGGAAGAAACUCAUCACUUUUUGACAAUGACGUUUGCACUCUUUACGAUUAUUCCGAAGAAAUCAAUAAUUUGCUGUUCAAGGAAAAUUAUAAGCCGUUAGUAGUAGUUAUAGCAGCUGAAUUUAUUGACGGCAUAAACAGAGUUAAACAAUUAACUCAGUGGAGAAGAAUAUUACCUGAUAAUAAUGAAAUGAAGAACAGUACUUACUUCAGUCACUUAUAUCACACAAUUCAGGAACAUUUUUAUCUAUUCAAAGCCAAUAACCAAAAUUAUUUCGUUUAUCCGGUAAACAUUCUAGACAAUGUUUUUACUAUAUAUUUUCAAAAAAUGCUUCUAAAUGAUUCUUUGGGUGUUACCUUCAACUUUGUUAACGUACUCAAGGGAUAUUCCUUUUUUGAAGAUAUUUUUAUUCCUCUGAAUCCAAACUGGCCAAAUUGUACUCUUAGUGAGUAUGUAAACAAUAAACUGCAGAGAGGUGAAAGCUUCUCAGAAUUAUUCGAACUACGAGAACAAUUGUUUGGAAAUAAGGAGAGUAACUAUUUUUCCAUUAAAGCCCAGAAUAAUUAUGACAUUUGUGAUUCAAAUGGAUUCAACUUCAUUUCUCAAAGUGAGAGUUUAUGGCAUUUUAACUCCUUACUGCAACAAAUUCAAAACAAUGCCAACAGUGCAGAAAAUGAGAAAAAGAUAAGUAUUGUGGAAAAAAGUUUAUCCUGCUUGCAAUCGAGACAUCUAGAAGUGACGGACGAAGUUUUCGAUAAAAAUAUUAACUGUCAACAAUAUUCGAAAUGCGCUAUGAUUGGAAUUGAUUAUUUAAAUUGGAUUAAUCAAACUGUAUCUUCAUUGAGUAGUAACGAUACUUCGUUUGGCAAUCUCUGUGAAUAUCGACACAAAAUAAAAGUACUUGAACUAUUUUGUUUUAUAAAAAAUGUAACUGGUAUAACAUCUCAGGAUAUAACAGCGUCGAUAGAUACACUAAAGCGACUUGUUGCAAACUCACUGAUAAGUCAACUAGAAUGGUUCAAUGAUUUGAUUUCACUCUACAAAUAUGAAUAUAUUACAGAUAUAGAUUUAAGGUUACAAGUAUUUCGCAGGCUGAGUGGGGAAAUUCAAAAUGUAAAUGAGAAUUGGGGGAAUGUAAUGAGUACUGUCUACAACUAUGUCGAGUAUGCUUUAAUGAGGGAAAACGACAAUAUCAAGCAUUCGCCAACGUACAACUCAAUUGAUACAAUCUACAAACAUUGGGAAACAAUUGAUGAUUUAAUUUUUGACGUGAAAUUCAAGAAAUUAGUAAUAAUUGUCGUUGAUCAUAUGAGAACAGGGCUCGAAAUUACUAAACAAAUUAAUGCCAGCAGAGUAUUACCAAAAUUAAAACGAGAAGAUCUUCAUCAUACAGAACAAUUUCUGUACGAGAUAAUUAUGAAAAAUAUUUAUCUAAUUGAAUCCAACGAUACUCAUUAUUAUAUCUACCCUUUCACGGUUACCAAACAAUUCGACACAAUGACUACCUACUUUGAGUACAAGAUGAUAAAUGAUUAUUCCAAAGUCUUAUUCUAUUUUGUAAACUUUUCAAGUCAUUUUUCUUUUGAUCAAGAUAUUAAGAAUGGUUAUAAUGACUUAGUCAUUCCUGCGCUACCAAUGUUUUGUAAAAGCGAUGAUGAAAACUGUGAGAAGCAUUUCGUAAAUCCCUAUCAUUUAAUUAAACUACAUAAAGAAUUUGAAAUCGAAAAUUCAGCAUAUUUUCGUCCAUAUGCUACUUUUUAUGAGAAAUUUUCUGAAUUUUUAAAUGACCACGAUCUACAACAGAAAUACGAAGAUUCUUUUACAUACUCCAAUAGGUUUUAUAACUACUCAAAACAAGUAAAACUUUCUUACUACUCGGAAGAAUUAUUUAAAAACUUACAGUUCCUAUAUUCCCAGGAAAUUAGUAAAAACAAUCAGGUGGAUUUAAAAAUUAAUAAAUUGAGUGAUUUGUAUUACUAUGAGAGAUUAAUAACAUCUUUUGUUAAUAGGUUCUUAGUAGACAUAAAUAGAUUGGAAGAUAAAAAUUUCAACUAUAUUUGUAGUGAUAAUCGAUUAUUAAAAGUUUUUAAACUCUAUUGCUUUAUAAAAAUAAACUAUAUUGAGGGCAUGCUAAAAGUGGUAAAUAAGGAAUCGGAUGAUAUAAAGAAAGCGAAAGCACUUGCUCAAAAUUCUUUAUCUAUUAUUAGGGAAUCUUUGUUUUCUACGAACAGAUGGAUAGCAUAUUUACGUUUCACAAUUAACAACGAUUACAAGAAUAACGAAAAUAGUGUUUUAAGAGACUGGCAAACAUUUUAUUCCAAUAUGCCAAAAAAUCUCAUAAACAAUAAUUAUGUGUCAAAAAAAAUAUUUCUGAUUUUUAGGGAAGAUGCAAAUUUACUUAAAUGUCAAGAAACAUCGUGUGUUAUACCAUAAUGCACUAUUUUCCAUUAUGACCAAUUUCAUUGGCUAAUGUUAAAAUAUAAAUUUUAAAAAUAUAUAAUAAAACUAUUUAAUUAUAA